AUGUGGUCUGCCGAGAAAACUCUAGAACUAAUUGAAUUGCUGCAUUCAUCCCCAACAUUGUGGGAUGUAACAAAUGUGGAUUAUAAAAAUAGAAUUAAAAAGAUGGAUGCCUUGACGGGGAUAGCUGAUAAACUUUCUAUAAUUGUAAGUGAUGCAGAAAAGAAGAUAAAAGCCAUCAAAGUACAAUUCAGGAGGGAACAUGUGAAACUGACUUCACUGAAAAGAAGUGGAAGUUCCCCAAAGAAGUGCUCAUGGUUUGGUUCCGAGCCCCUCCUGUUUUUGCUGCAGGGCCAAGAAUCCAGAGGAAGCCGGUCAACAGACUCACCAGAGAGAGACGUUGCUGAAGUUGAAUCUGAGCAAGAAACUGAUGCUGUAAUUGAGAGUUCACAUCAAGCUGAAACACGUCAGAGAGCUUUGCCGUCCCGUCGUUUGUCAGCUAAAAGGCCCGCUGACGAAGUGAAAGAAGCAUUUCACUUGAUGAAGUCUCUAGCACAACAUGUCACUACACGGGAUGAAUAUCAUGUGUUAGGUGAAAAUGUUGCCCAUAAACUGAGAGCAUGCGGAAGAAGUAAGCGCGAGGUAUCAAUAGCACAGCAUAAAAUUAAUGAAAUAAUUUUUAACUUGGAAAUGGGGUACUUUGGGGAGGGUGCGGCUCACUUCACCCCACAAACUUCAUAUACAGGACAAAGGUAUUCAGGGUUUCCUGUGCCACCAUCGCAAGGCAUCCCACAGUACUUUACUGCCCCAAGUGGUGCCUCUACUCCAAGUUGCUCUCCUUCCGCAAACUCAUAUCCAAUGUACUCCCUGAAGAGUACAAAUGUACCACGGGGACGUACAUGUACCCCAGGGUGGGAACCCCUGGCUCAGAUGGCGCCGAUGGAAAAGCGAUCAUCUGGCACUAACACAAGUAUGCACAGGCUUGCAAAGCCUUCCCACGAAGGCAAAGACCCGGGGAGGAGUAGCACAGGAGCAGAGCAUGUGGUCUCACUGACAAUCGAUUCCCACAUUCUAGAAUCGCCUGUUAGAAGACAGGAGAACACUUUGCACAGUUGCGCUGACACUAACAAAAAUACUUUGGCAGGGGCCAUCCUGCCCCUGCCUUCUCUCAGCAACAGUACAAAAUAUGUUCACGCCCCGAAACUGCUUGAAUCCAGUUUCCAAGUCUCCUCUACAUCAAGCCCUCAUGGCGACAGGAAGAAGGCACUGAUUUGCUUAAGACAGCAGUCUUGA